UUUUUUCAGUGUGCAAAUGAGAGAGGAGAUAUCAUAUCAGUCUAAAGAAGCUUUUAUUAGUUAGAGAGGGUACUGACUUCACUUUCUUCUUAAAGGGAGUGGUACUGCCCUGGUCAUUUCUCUUGCAUGAUAGGACAAAACUCCUUAAUUGAUAUAUAUGAGAGAGAAAGAGAGAUUGAUAUAUUUUUUGGAGUGAUGUGUGAGUGUUGCAAUGUUUUCCAAAUUUAAUUUACAGUGAGAGAGAGAGAGAGCUAAACCAAAAGGGUAGAGAGAAAAGGGUAAAGGAAAAAAAAAAAAAGCAAAAAAGAGAGAGAGAGAAAAAAAAAAGAUCAUUAGAGAGUAGUAAACUCUUAUCUAUCUACACACAAAAUUCCUACAAAGAUGUUCAAUGGUGGAGUACCAGACCAGUUGCACCAAUUCAUAGCCUCUUCAAGACCCAAUUCAGUAGCAGCACUACUCCCUCUCUCCACCACCACAACCACUAAUACCACCACCACUACUACUACUCCCUUCUCUUCUUCUAAUUCUUCCAUUGAUCAUAUCAUUCAUGCCAAUUACACCACUACUAUUACCCCUAACCAUGCCCAUGAAUCUCAUCAUCAUCAUCAUAAUCCUUUUCAUCAUCAUCAACUCCUUCCUCCUCUUCACCACUCCAACAACUUCUUACACCCCAUGUUGCACCAUGUGCAACACCCCAAGCUUAUUAACCACCAUCUUCAUAAACAAAUUGAUGAACAAGCCACCGCCUCCGCUGCCUCGGGACCGAACAACUUGGUCUCCCAUGUUGAUUUGGAGAUGAUGCAAACCCAUACACCAAUCCCAGAAUUAAUACCAACCGUUGAUCAUCAUCAUCAUCAUCAUCAACUUCAUCUGCAGCAGCCCUGGAGUGAAGAUGAAGUUCUGGCACUGUUGGGGAUCAGAUCUACUAUGGAGAAUUGGUUCCCGGAUUUCACUUGGGAACAUGUAUCAAGAAAGCUAGCAGAGCUUGGAUUUAAAAGGAGUGCAGAGAAGUGUAAAGAGAAAUUCGAAGAGGAAAGUCAGUACUUCACCACCACAAAUCAUAACAGUAACUGUAGCAAAAGCUAUAGUAGGUUGUGUAAUCAGCUGAGUGAGCUAGAAGAGCUCUACCAUGGCCAAAAUAACCAAGGUGGUCAUCAUCAGAAUCACAAUCAUCAGAAUCAGAAUCAUCACAAUGGUACUACAGCUGGGGAUGAAAAGGACCAUCAAAGUGUGGAGGAAAAUCCAAGUGAUGAAUUAGAAGUGAUGAAAAGAAAUGGGAAUAAUCGACAAGGUUUGGAAUUGGAAGAAUUGGAAAUAUCAGACUCGACAAGAAACGAAACAGUACUACUGCUUGGUGGGAAUUCGAAGGAGUACUACUCUGAUGAGAUGACUGAAAAAGUUGUAGUAUCAGCUGUUGGAGGAGUGGAGAUAUCAAAAAGUGGCAUUAAUAAUAAUAAUGAAAACAACAACAAUAAGAAGAAGAAGAAGAAGAGAAAGAGGUCAUCAUCACUACAACAACAUGAUGAUGAUGGUGAUGGGGAUGAUGAUGGUGAUAAUGAUGAUGAUGAUGAUGAUGGUGAUGAUGAGAAGAACCAUAGUAGUAACAAGAUGAUGAAGUUUGAUAUGUUCAAGGGUUUUUGUGAGGAGAUUGUGAAGAAGAUGAUGGCUCAACAAGAGGAGAUGCAUAACAAGCUUCUAGAAGAUAUGGUUAAGAGGGACGAAGAGAAAGUUGCUAUUGAAGAAGCUUGGAAGAAGCAAGAGAUGGAUAGAAUGAACAAGGAGCUUGAGAUUAUGGCUCAUGAACAAGCCCUUGCUGGUGAUAGACAAGCCUCAAUCAUUGACUUCUUGAACAAGGUCACCCAACUCACCAAAUUAGACAAUAAUAAUAUUAGUAAUAACAACAACAAAGAUAAUGUAGUUUCUCUCACUUCUUCUUCUUCUUCUUCUUUAAAUAUUCCUCCUCCUCCUCCUUCAAAUCCAAAUCCAACAAUAACCCACCUUGAAAAAAACCAAACCAAUCAUCAUCAUCCUCAUUAUGAUGAUAAAAAACCUAGUAGUAGUAGUAGUAAUAAGGAUAUUGUAGUAGUACUCUCAUCAUCAACAGCUACUACUCCUACUAAUAAGCCAGUUGCCACGUCAUCAGCCAUCAAAACAGUCCAAAACCCUAUUUCCAUAAAUGACAAAGAAGACUUGGGAAAGAGGUGGCCGAGAGAUGAAGUCUUGGCCUUGAUUAACCUAAGGUGCAAUCUCUACAGUACUGUCACUACUGCUACAGCUACAGGAGAAUCAUCAUCAACAUCAGAUCAUCACCAUCAUCAUCAUCAUCAUAAUCAUAAAGCUCCUCUUUGGGAGAGAAUCUCACAAGGGAUGUUGGAGUUGGGAUACAAAAGAAGUGCCAAGAGGUGUAAAGAAAAGUGGGAGAACAUUAACAAGUACUUCAGAAAAACCAAAGAUGUUAACAAGAAGAGGUCAGUUGACUCUAGGACUUGCCCUUAUUUUCACCAGUUAAGCUCUUUGUAUAACAAAGGAAGUAGUAGUACUACUAGUACGACACUUGUUUCAACGUCGUUUCAACAAGCCCAGAAUAAUAAUAACAUUAAUGAUAAUAAUAAUCAUGAUCAUCGUCAGGAUGAUCAUAUUAUUAUUACAAUGAAUAAUAACGGCGACCACCAUUCUCCAAUUACUACUACUACUACUACUCCAGCUGAUCAUCAUCAUCAUCAUAAUCAUGGUGAGAUGAGUUCAUUAUCAGAUAAUAAUAAUAUUAUUAUUCGUGAUGAUCACCAUCAAGAAGAAGAGGAAGCAGUAGUAGUCGUGGCAUCCACGGCUUUUGAUUUUGAGUUCUGAUCAUAAUUUUUUUUUUCUUUUGUUGCAUAUUAAUUUUAUUUAUUUAUUUAUUUUGUGAGUGAUCAGUGUGUGUGCAUGUGUGCAUUUAUUGACAAUAAUAAUAUGCGGUACCCUACUACCCCUUCCUUGGUUUUGAUCUUAAUAAAAUUACAUAAUUACACACA